AUGUCGGCCAAACCGUCCAAUCCUCCAGAGAUAGAGGAUGAGGAAAAAGCCAUUGCCAACUUUCUCGAAAACCCGGACAUAUUGGAUAAUUUCCUUGCUGAAGGUGCCGGAGGAAACCAAGAGAAGGCAGAUGAUGCCAUCGACUUUGGCGACAUUAGUGACGAUGACGAUGACUUGCCCGACGAAGAACCUAUAGCUAGGAAAAAACGGGCUGGUAGCGCUGAUAGCGAGAACAGUCUUAUGGACCUUGCUGCCGAAGGUCAUGUCGUUUCAUCACCCCUACUAGGGCCUGACCAUAGAAUGGUAGAUGCCGACGAAGACCUCUUUGGUGAUGCUGCUCUCGAUGAUCUCUUUGGGAAUCACAAAAUCGACGAGAUCCACCCUCUACCUCCUCAAGACGACAAGCUCCUCACAGACGCCGUUCACUCCAUGUUUAGAGAUGUCGACUUUCAAAGUGCCGGAUUUAGCGCUGGUGACUUCGGUGACGAAAUUCCGGUCCUGGACCCCCCGGAGAUGAUCAAGGAGCCCAAAAAGAGGGUCGAAGAGUACUUCCCGCUGUUCAAGGAGCAUGCCAUCCUACCUUACCUCUCCAUGUUCCCUCCAAAGCCAGCCUACUACCCCAUGCGCCCAGACAAACAACCCAAGGCGCUAUUCCCGACCAAACUCAACCUGGAGAUAGCACCAAGUUCGGAAGCUAGCUGGCGUUCUGAUAGCUACCGCCCUGUUCGAAGAGCAGGUUUUGUCUACAUCGAGAACGAGAUUGAGGAUAUUGCAGACGUUCCAGCAGCACAGGAGGCUCGGGAAGAAGAAUUCAAGAAGGAGACUCAGAUCCGACGGCAAGUGGAUAUCGCGGUUCUGGAGGAAGACUUAGAUAGGGCUGCCAACGAUCCCCCACCAAAACGGAUCCGCCCUAAAGCGCCGUUCGAAGAUGAUACAGAGGGAGGAGCCAAGAAGGCGAGACUCCGUGAGCUUUUCAGGCGUGUUGAAGCCCCAGAUCCAUUUGAAUUCGACUUAUUGGACUUCGAUCCAAACAAAAAGAUCAAGGUUGAGCUUGAUCCGAACGACCCAUAUCUCCUUCUCGACGUCAGAAAAUCCGAUGACACUCGUAAGGCGAGAAAGAUUGGUGGCGAGUUUAUUCGACAGAAGAUCAAAAAGGACCUUACCCAGCGAUAUAAUAUAUCGAAUGACGAAGCGUACGACCUUCUCAAAGAAAACCACCAAUCAAAGGUUCGGUCUACGAUUGGCAAUUUGGAAAUAGAACACACCAUGCCCGCCGUUCGUCUACAGACACCGUACUACAAGACUGUCCUCGGAAAGCCCGAAAUGAGGUCUUUCCAUAGACCGCGACUCACAUUUCCUACUGAAGUUGAAAUACGGUUCACGAAGGGUAAAACUCUGAAGCGUAAACAUUUGAAGGGUAAAUCCAUUCGAGAAAUUUUCCACGAUACGAAGAGUUUAUCACUUUCCGAUAACUCAAACUUCAUUUUGUUCGAGUACUCGGAAGAGCAUCCCUACGUACUUUCAAACUUUGGUAUGGGAAGCCGAGUCAUCAAUUACUACCGUCGAAAGGAGGACUCCGAUGAAACGCGUCCGAAGUGCGAGCUUGGAGAACUGCAAGUUCUUAUGAGUCAGGAUAAGUCACCUUUCUGGAACUUUGGCAGUAUUGAGCCUGGUGAAAUAGUCCCGGCACUUUACAAUCGUAUGAUCCGGGCGCCUAUCUUCAAGCACACACCUGCGAAUACGGACUUUGUAGUAGUCAGGAACACAGACAGCGGAGGCGCAUAUUAUUACCUCCGAACCAUCCCGUAUAUCUUUACAGUCGGUCAGACAUUCCCAGUAACAGAUGUACCGGGUCCACACUCCCGAAAAGUUACGACAGCUUCUAAGAACCGUAUGAAGAUGAUUACAUAUCGUGUCAUCGGAAGGAAGGGCAAUCGUAUUGCGGUGAAGGACAUUGCGCCUCAUUUCCCGGAGAAUACGGAAAUCCAGACCAGGCAGAAAAUGAAAGAGUUCAUGUCCCACCAGAAUGAGAGGGAGAGUGAGAAAGGUGGUUAUUGGUAUCUUAAGGGCGAUGAUCCGAUCCCCGACGAGGCAAACAUCAGGACUAUGGUCACACCUGAGAGUGUUUGUUUGCUAGAUGCAAUGCAGGUCGGAGUGAAGUAUCUAGAAGAUGCCGGGUACGGAAAGGCAACCGAUGCAGGAGCAGGAGAGGAAGAUGAGAAGGAAGGAAUGAGCACCGAGGAGAAACUUGCGCCGUGGAUCGCCACCAAGAAUUUCAUUAAUGCUACACAGGGCAAGGCAAUGUUACAAUUACACGGCGAAGGGGAUCCUACAGGGCGAGGCGAGGCGUUUAGCUUUAUCAAGACGAGCAUGAAAGGAGGGUUCAAAGCCAUCGGCGAGAGUGUGGACGAAAAGUUGGAUGCGGCGACAUUGAAAUUACUCGGUGGUCAUUCCUAUAACGUCGCUAGGCAGCAGAAAGCUUACGAGGAGACCAUUGAGAAAAUUUGGCGCGCGCAAGAAGCGAGUUUGAAGGCUGAAGAACCUCCAGAGUUGGAUCCAGAUGAGCUACAAGAUGCAACUCAAGAGGGUGUUUACGGGCUUGAUGAUGGACGCACGCCUUAUUCGGAAAGCAUGACGCCUGCUGUUGCGAAUAGUGCUAUUGAUGACGAAGCAGCCAGUCAAUUUUCGAGGUUUUCGGCAAGGAAUACGAAAAACAAAGUGAUGAGGAUUACAAGGAAGUACAAAUUGCCGGAUGGGAGCUACGAGAUGAAGACUGAGGUCAUUAGUGAUCCUAAGGUGAUCUCUAUGUACAUCGCGAAGCGUCAGGAGAUUAGAACGGACAGUCUGAUGAAAGAUAUAACAAAUCUGAAGCCGACUGGUGACGCUGCUGCUGACGCUGACCGGAAAAAAGUUCUCGAAAAAGAACUCGCUCGUCUAAUGAGGAACAAGGAAAGAAGACAAGCACGUGAACGACAGAAUGAGAAAAAGAGAAAACAACUCGGGCUGGACGAUGAUGGCGCCCCUAAGGGGGGUACUACACGUAAAUGCGCGAAUUGUGGACAGGUCGGACAUAUUAAAACUAAUAAAAAGUUGUGUCCUAUGUUGAAUGGAACGCUGGGACCUAAAGUUGAUGGUUCUGGGACGCCGGGAGGACCUGGUUCUAACGGUGGUGGAAUGCCGGGAACUGCGCCGGGAACACCGGCUCCUACCGCAUUUUAG